CAUUACAACCCGGUUCUUAAACAUUGACCGACCAAAAGUCGAUAUGGAAGUGGGGGCUGUUUUCCGGGGAGCAUCAAAUAUGUUACUGAAAAAACCGAUCACUCUCCUCCGGUGCCCAUCGUCUUUUAAUUCCACAUCUACACUUCAUUCAGGAGGAAGUGUAAAAAAGAGAGCGUACGAUGGUGUAUUGUUGGAUGCAGGUGGAACACUUUUACAGUUGUCAAAACCUGUUGAAAAUGUCUAUGCUGAUAUUGGUCUUAAAUAUGGUUUGAAAGCAACUCCAGCUGAUAUAAAACAAGGAUUUAAAAGAGCCUUUUCUGCACCAUGGCCUGAAAAGCUUCGUUACCAGGGGGAUGGAAGGCCAUUCUGGAAGCUUGUAGUCUCUGAAGCCACUGGUUGUGCCGAUAAUGAUUACUUUGAAGAAGUUUAUGAGUACUAUGCCAAUGGUGAUGCUUGGCACCUUCCAACUGGAGCUUAUGAAACCAUACUGAUUUUAAAAGACGCUGGAGUUAAACUCGCUGUUGUGUCCAACUUUGACACUCGCUUGAGGAAGUUGCUACGGGAACUCAACGUUAUAGACUUGUUUGAUGCUGUCAUAAUCUCUUCAGAGGUUGGGUAUGAGAAGCCAGAUGCCAAAAUAUUUGAAACAGCCUUGGAUCAGAUUAACGUGAAAGCGGCGAAAGCUGUACACGUAGGAGAUGAUCAAAAGGCUGAUAAGCUGGGUGCAAAUGCCGUUGGUAUCAACUGCUGGUUAUGGGGAAAAGAAGUGAAGACAUUUUCAGAUAUCCAGGAUCGAAUUCUUGUACCUGAACUAUAGCUUUUUACAAGCACUAAGCUGUUUUGGUCUGUUUUUCUCUCUUUUAUAGCUAGAUAUAGAGGCCUGUACUGCUAUCUUCAUACGGGUUAGUGUGUAUUAAACAAACUGAAGAAGUUAAACCCGAUAAAGAAUGAACAACACGUAUCCUUACUGAUCUCAAUCCAUUUUACUAUCCAUAUACAAGCUUGUAAUAAUACGAUAUUUAUGAUCAACUUGAAUCAUAAUUUCCUAUUUUUUCUAUUACGUUAAUGAAUUUGUUUUUUGGUAA